AUGGGCGAAUAUCGUAUUGAGGUGUCCCCCAACAACCGCGCUGGUUGCAAGGACUCCCACUGCAAAAAGAACUCCGCGAAAUGCACCAAGGGAACUCUUCGCUUCGGAUCCUGGUUCGAAUUCGAGGAACAUGGAAGCUGGGCAUGGAAACAUUGGGGUUGUGUCUCUGGUCAACAGCUAGAGAAUGUCCGUGCAAUGUGCCAGCAAGACGAUGGUAACUUCGAUUGUACCAUGAUCGACGGCUACGAUGAGCUUAGCGAGUACCCAGAACUGCAGGAGAAGGUCCGCCGCUGCGUUACGCAGGGCUUUAUUGACCCCGAAGAUUUCAAUGGGGACCCCGAGAAGAACAAGCUCGGUGUUAUAGGUAUUCACUUGACUGCUGUUCAGAAGAGGAAGAAGGAGGAGGCUGAGGCUGCUGCCGCAGGCGGUGAGGAUAAGCCCAAGGCCAAGGGCAAACGUGGACGAAAGAAGACUACCGGUGAUGAUGGUGGUGAGGAGGAUGAGCCGCAGGCCAAGAAAGCCCGAAAGACCGAGUCUGUCAAGGUUGAAGAGGACAAGGGGAAGAAGCCUGCCCGUGGCCGCAAGGCCGCUCAAGUCAAGAACGAGAGUGAGGAUGAGGCCCCCGCACCUACCGCCACUAAGAAAGGACGUCGAGCUUCAGCUCAGAAAGUCAAGGAUGAAUCCGAUGCCGAGGAGAAACCAGUACCUGCCAAGAAGGGACGAAAGGCGGCUACGAAAAAAGUCAAGGACGAAGAUGAAGACGAAGCCUCCGCUCCCGCUCCCGCCAAACGAGGACGCAAAGUUGCAGCUGCGAAGGCCGAUGAGAAUGAGAAGCCUGCCCCUGCCAAGCGAGGACGGAAGGCGGCCACCAAUAAGGCAGCUGUUGCUGAGGAGGAGGACGCUACUGAAGAAGAACAGCAGGAUGUGAAGCUGGCUUCGAAGACCAAUCUCCGUCGAGGCCGUUCCGCCAAGGCUUGA